GAUGACAAAACUCCGGUUCAUGUGGCUACAGAAAAAGGAUAUACUGACAUUGUUGAGCAAUUAAUUGACAAAUUUGGUGGGUCGAUUACGGCUCGAACCAGAGAUGGAUCUACUCUUCUACAUAUUGCUGCCUGUUCUGGGCAUACAAGCACAGCACUUGCCUUUCUGAAAAGAGGAGUUCCACUUUUUAUGCCAAACAAGAAAGGCGCACUAGGACUUCAUUCUGCAGCAGCAGCUGGUUUCAAUGAUGUUGUGAAGAUGCUUAUCGCACGUGGGACCAAUGUGGAUAUCAGAACAAAGGACAAUUACACAGCGCUACACGUAGCCGUCCAAUCAGGGAAAGCAUCUGUGGUCGAAACGCUGCUUGGCGCUGGAGCAGACAUACAUGUGAAAGGAGGAGAACUGGGACAAACUGCAUUACACAUAGAUGAAGACGCCAAUUUGAAACUCGUAUCAAAAGCUGGUGAAACACCAUUGCAUGUAGCGGCUCAGUCAUGUAAUUUCGAAGCUGCACAGAGGAUAAUUACGCAUAUGGCUGGGACCUGCACUCCAGAUGAAAUUCGUGAUUACAUCAAUCAGAGAACGAAUAACGGCUGGUCUCCGUUACUCGAGGCUUGCGCAAGAGGACACACCGGUGUAGCACAACUCCUUCUUCAACAUCACGCUCGAAUUGACGUCUUCGAUGAGAAUGGACGGACAGCACUGCAUUUGGCUGCACUCAAUGGUCAUUUAGCCAUUGUCCAUAUUCUGCUACAACAUAAGGCAUUUGUGAACAGGUAA